AUGCGUCUCUCCAUCCUUUCCUCCCUGGUCACCCUGGCCCUCGCCACCCUCACCCACGCCGCCGACCUCGGCAUCGAAACCACCCACCAAGUCGACUGCCAGCGCAAGACCGUCAAGGGCGACACCGUGCACAUGCACUACCGGGGCACACUGGCGGCCGACGGCUCCGAGUUCGACUCGAGCUACAACCGCGGCACGCCGCUGCGGUUUCCGCUCGGCGGGGGACGCGUGAUCAAGGGAUGGGACCAGGGCCUCCUGGACAUGUGUGUGGGCGAGAAGCGCACGCUGACGAUCCCGCCUGAGUACGGGUACGGGGAGCGUGGAAUCGGACCCAUUCCUGGCGGUGCGACGCUGGUGUUUGAGACGGAGUUGGUGGAGAUUGAGGGGGUGCCAAAGGAUGAGCUUUGA